UAAUUUCCUAAUUCCUAUGCUGCGCUAUUAUAUUACCUCAAUCACUCAGAAACCUCAUCUUCUUCCCAGAUUGGUUCACAUAAAAGAUGGAGCCUGCAUUCUAGUGACACCUGGAGGCACGAGUCCCCACUCAUCCCGCCACGUGGCACGCAUCUACCGGUGCAUGCCCCUCUCGAGCUAAUUAAGAUUAGCUUCGCAAUGGUGGAUGAAUGAAUGAACAAACGAAUAUAUGAUCUUUCUGUUCUUCAACAUAAUCUCGACUUGAUCGAUUGGAUUUCUUCCUAGUUUCAUGGCCCUCUAAACACAAAUUAACACUUUUUUAACGUUUAAUAUUUUCACUGGAAAAUUGUGUUUAAACUUCCAAAUCAUUAGUUUCAAUGCCUCGUGUGGUUUCAGAGAAUAAAUAUUUAAUCUCCUCCAUAAUCUUCUUGUUUCAACAAGUGGUGAAGUUGUGGGCAAAGGCAUGCGCCUGUGUUGCUGUCUCCAUCUUCCUCAUAGUUUGCAUCCCCUUUUUGAUCCUUGUGCUUCUACCCUUCUUCACUUCUUUUCUAUGGGCACUUUUUCUUUGUAAGAUCUUGUGUUUUUUCAGAUUGUGCCCGCAAUUUAGAUUUCUAGAAACGAAAAUAUUCUUCAAUUACUUGUCAUGCACUGCAACAAAAUUUAUAGGCAGCAGAAGCAGCACAUCCCAUUUCGAGUGUGAUUAUAAUCACAAGAUUAAUAAUAAUGAUAAUGAGUUAAUAGCCAAGUCUCUUGAGGAUAAGCAGGAGAGCGUUGACUUGGAUCCCUCUGAGCUUCCAUGUCUCUAUGAAUCUGAUUUUGAUAUUGAAGAAGAUCAUCAAGAGAUCAACUGCGAAAGAAGGGUCAAGGAAGGGACGGGUCGUAUUCGCACUUACCAGAAGGAAGGCUCAUGGCAAGUUGUGGUUUCAAAGCCUGCCCCGAGCAAGAAGAGAGAGCCUCAAUCGUUCUAUGAUGUUUUGUCGUUUUGGAAAUGCAAGGAGAAAGGGCAGGAGACAUAGAGGGAAAAAUCCGACAUCUCAUCUCUUGUGUAAAGAUUGUAUAGCUGGCUAGGACUUGUUGUCUUUUUUGACAUUGUGCAGUAAUGUUUAAUGGAUCUCCACCUUUUGUGAUUGUUUUCCA